AGUGCUCACGGCCCAGGAAGGAGUCAAGCGCUGAUUCAGACAGCACCCCAGCAAGGUAUGUCCAAGGGCAGAAGGGAGCUUCCUCAGGGAUGCAAGAGAGGCUCCACUGACCCCCAACCAGCCCCCUUCCCUAAUAUACCACCAGCCAGCAUGGGGGGGCCUUCUACAGAAAAGGUGAUGUUUGGAGACUCCUCUUGCCUUCAAAACUGGAGACAGACCAGCAAGCCCCCUUCCCAAAACAGGAGAGGGAGUUUGGGUGGUCCUCAGCCAUCCAGGGCAUCAAUGCGCAGCAGGCGCACUUGAGUGCUGGGUACCACCGCAACACCACAGUGUAGCCUGGGUGAAGCCUCUUGCAAACUGGAGUAGGGAGAUGAGCUCUGAACAGGUUGCAAAACUUGCUCUGGUGGGGGAAGGGAGCUCUCGGAUACCAAAUCUGACGGUGGUGAGUGGGCGGGGGUCUCCUCCGAGCCGGACCGGCACCUGCCUUGAGUCCAGUUUCUCAGAGUAGGGACUUGGGUUCUUCGCGGGCACUUUCCGGAACAGCUGGGGUGUUACGUUAGGGAGCGCCGCGAGGCUGCGGCCGCAAAAGGGAACUUGCAGCGGCCCGGCCGCUUCUCAGGAAAACUAUGCUGGGGCGUCGGGGCAGGCUGACGGCGCUGGCUCUCACGUGCAGGGCGAAGGCUGCCAGUCUGCCUGCCGCCGACCAUGGGUUUCGAGCUCGCGCUGGGUUGCCCCGAGGGCCACAGCGCCCUGCUCCAGCUGCAGGAGGCUGAGCUGCGCCUGCUGGAGGGGCUCCGCAAGUGGAUGGGCCAGCGCGCCAAGAGCGACCGAGAGUACGCCGCCCUCCUACACCAGAUGCACAUCCAGGCCGGCAAGCAGGAGAGCGGCGGCCAGCCUAGCAACAGCCAGGUCGCACAGGUAGGCUCCCAGGACCCCCCCUCCAUUUGGCGCGGAGCCCCCUUGACCCUUCCCUCCAUCCUCACCUGGGGAGGCUCCCCGUCCCCUUUCCAUUAGGAGGGGGGUGGCUGGGCAGCUUCUCCCUCUCUGCGUCUUUCUCUCUCUCCGUCUGCCCUCCUGGUCCUUUUCUGCCCGCAGUGCUGGUGGUCGCUGGUAACACAGACGGAGGCACUGAGCCAGCUCCUGCAGCGACACGCCGAGGCGCUGGUCUCGGGCCCCCUGCACAAGCUGGGCCAGCUCAUUCGGGACAAGCAGCAGCUGCGGCGGAGCUACAGCGAGCAGUGGCAGCACAUGAGCCAGGACUUCCUCCGGGUACGGCAGCCCACCAACCCUCGCGCCCGCCGCCCGCCCCGUCCGGGCUGCGCAGCAGCGGCCCCUGGUGGACACUUGCGGUGGCGCUCUAUCGGGGCUUUGGUGCCAAGGUUGCAUGUGGCUGGAAUCUGACUCAGACCCCAAAGGACGUCAAGUCCAUCCCUCCGCAGGAAGCCCGCAACUGCAAACCCCCUCUGUAUGGAGACCUCUAAGCCCCCUUUCUUCCUUGGCUCUUCCAGACCACCCAGCAGGAGCCUGAGCGCCUGAAGGCACAGUACCGCAGCCAUGUCCGGGAGAGUGCUCAGGCCAAGCGCAAAUACCAGGAGGCCAGCAAAGGUGGGUGUGGCUGGAGACCCCCACAGAACCCAACUGGGUCAGCCCAAAGACCUGCCUCGGCCAGUGACCUGUUCUGGAGCAUCUUCCUCCCAUCCUCCCUCCAGCCAAGGGUCUUCAGAGGAAUGCAGCGUCCUCUGAACGCAGCUUUUGGCCUAAAAGGCAGCUUCCAAAUACUUGCCCAUUCACCUAGCCUGAAAGAACUCGAAAUAGUUAUGAAAUAGUUGGUAUUUCAAAAGUCUGGAGGGAAGUUUUGCUCAGGAUGUCCUGUUUCUCCGUGUGUGUUUGCGUGUGAAAGUCUAGGAGCCUGGCAAUUAAAGGGAAACACAAAUGUAACCAGAUGUCCACUCUCUAUCCGAUUGGUUAAAAGGUUGGGAUGGGGAGUGAAAAUAUUGUAUGCAAGUUGACCGGGAAAAUCAGUUGCAGAACUAAAGAAGGAAAGAGCAGUGGAGUCAGAACCUUCAAGAGCUUCAUGAUGCAGGAGCCGGGAGUGGACCAUUAAAGGAUCCAGAAGGUUAACCAAGAGAUGAGAGUUGAUAAAAUACUGACAUGGUUAGGGAAACUGUCUAGAAUAGGCAUAGCAGGAUGCAUUUGUAUCUGUUUAUUUGUAUUUGUGUAACCACCCAAACUGUAAAGGUUUUAGUAAAGUAACAAGCCAAUCUAAGUUUAGCUAAACUUGUUGCCUUACUUAAGUAAGUGGUUUAUUUAUUUAUUUUGGUUCCCCCCCCCCCCGCCAAAUCUUAGUCUUGUCAUUCAUCCCAUUCAUCUAAGUCUUGUACUACUCUACCCAUUAUUGGGAGUGGGGUAGGCCAGUUAGAGUCCGGAAGGCUGAAGGACUGCCUAGUGGAAACUGCGCGAUAAAAAUGGAGAGAUCUACUUGGUUCAUAGCUGUCAACGUUUCCCUUUUUUAAAGGGAAAUUCCCUUAUUCCAAAUAGGAUUCCCCUUUUAAAAAGGGAAAAGUUGACAGCUAUGCUUGGUGGCAGUGGUGAAGUUAAUCAUAAGAAGGGGGUGGUUUGAGUGGCAGGGUUGUUUCCCUCCCUCCCUUCUGUCUCUUGGGGCAGGCUAUAGCCUAUGCCAUGACACCUAGUUGCCAGCCCCAGGCAUCUUAGCCGUGUCAGCCACGGGACACAAAUCUCUUACUGUGCACGACUGCAUUGGCACUCCUGACCCUCCUAUGCUUUUGCGCUCUCCCUGCAGAGAAGGACCGAGAGAAGGCCAAGGACAGAUACGUCCGGAGCCUGUGGAAGCUCUACUCUCUGCACAACCAGUAUGUGCUGGCCCUGAAGGCAGCUGAGGUACAGCACAACCACCACUACCAGCACACCCUGCCUGGGGUGCUCCAGUCCUUGCACAGCCUGCACCAGGAAAUGGCCCACAUCACGUAAGAGGGGCUCCAGAAGGGCUGGGGGGGGGUGAGAUGGAGAAGGCCAGGGACCUUGAGAAAAGGAGCCCAGCGGCACCAACCAUAGUAGCACAUUUGACUCCAUGUAAAACAGUCUAUAAGGACGCGGGUGGCGCUGUGGGUUAAACCACAGAGCCUAGGACUUGCCGAUCAGAAGGUUGGCGGUUCAAAUCCCUGCAACGGGGUGAGCUCCCGUUGCUCAGUCCCUGCUCCUGCCAACCUAGCAGUUCGAAAGCACGUCAAAGUGCAAGUAGAUAAAUAGGUGGGAAGGUAAACGGCGUUUCUGUGCGCUGCUCUGGUUCGCCAGAAGCGGCUUAGUCAUGCUGGCCACAUGAUCCGGAAGCUGUACGCCGGCUCCCUCGGCCAAUAAAGCGAAAUGAGUGCCGCAACCCCAGAGUCAGCCACGACUGGACUUAAUGGUCAGGGGUCCCUUUACCUUUAAAACAGUCCCAUGCCCUCACAGCUGAUGCUCUCAAGAUUGCCAAGAACAGUACAUUUCAGCCAUCAAAGGCCUGGAUGAACAGGAAUGCUUUUAGAAUCAUAAAAUUGUAGAGUUGGAAGGGAUUCCGGAGGGUCAUUUAGUCCAACCCCCUGCAAAUCCUGCAAAUCUAGCCCAACCCCUGAAUGAUGAUGAUGAUGAUUUGAUUUCUCAUCAACACUUCGCUGCGUGUUCCCACCGUUGUUGUUUUUAAACAAUAUUAAAAACAGUUUAAAACAAUCAGGAGAGAAGGAAAUACACCCCACCAGGGAGGGCAUCCCACAAAUGAGGACCUGCCAUCAAGAAGGCCCUGCCAUGGCUCAAUGGCAGCAAAACAGCCCCAGUGGCGUUACUAACAGAGCCUGAGAUGGUUGCUAUUGGGGGGACUGUGCCUUUGGGUACGCAGGUCCCAAAUCAUUUCAGGCUUUGUGUACUAGAACUAGCACCUUGAAUUAGGCCCAGCAGCUCAGUUUCUCCACUGACAGUUUCCUGUUUCUGUACUGGCAGGAAGGGGACCCUCCAGGAGUACGCAAGCAUCACCAGCCUGGUGCAGGAGGAGAUGGUGAUGGUACACCAAGCCAUGGGCAGAACCAUUGAGCGCCUCCGCCCGGACGUGGAAUACGAAGGCUUUCAUCCCCAGUGCAGGUAGCGCCUGCUGUGUUUCCUCUGAGAUUCUGGGGGCUGGAUUUCCCAGCCAGCAGCUUCUGCCACCUUCCUCUGGCCUGUCUCUCUCCAGGUGUGGGAACGAGGCCCCUGCUGUGGUGACCUUUGACACGAGCCUGCUGGAGGAGAUGGAGACAGAGGGCCUGAAAGCCGGGGAGCUCCAGCUGAAUGAGCUGACACUGGAAAGCAUGCAGCACACGUGCGUUGGGGGCAGUGUUAGAAAUUAGCCAGGAGCGUUUUGCUACUGACACAGGUUCCAAUUGUGACUAUGUGGAGAUUUCUGGGCGCUAGGUUGGCAACCACAGUUUAAAAACCUCUGCCUUAGCCUAUAGUUAAUUCCAUUUCCACUGUGUGUGUUUCUCCUUCUUGCAUACUGGGAUAAGUGAACUGCUGUAAGAGUAAGCUGUAGUCAAGCGAUGUAGUUGAGGCAGUGCCAGAUUUACUUAUAAGCUGAACAAGCUAUAGCUUAGGGCCCCACUCUCUUGCCCCCCCCAAUAUUUUAAGGGGGGGAACUGGAUGUACAUUUCCAAAAUAUAAGAUAAAAAAUAAAUAAAAUGGCUUUAGAUACCUAUUAGGUCCAUAAAUUACCAUAUAGCAUUUAUUUAACACAAAAAACAGCAACAAUUUGUUGUUGACAAAGGACAGCUAGACAUAUAAAGGGCCCCAUUACCUUCAGUAGCUUAGGGCCUCAUCAAACCUAAAUCUGGCCCUGAGUUGAGGGCAUAGGAGGGAAUACAAGGGUCAUCUAGUCCAACCCCCUGGCAAAUAGAUAUUCCGUUGUGGUGACCACAACCUAGUUUUAAGGUGCCACUUGGUGAAUAGCUUACAUAUCUGAGUUUCCAAUACUGGUUGGGGGAGUAAGGGUGGGUUUUUGCAGGCUCAGUCCUAACCACUGAGAGCAAGGGCAGUGUCCCCCACUGCUGCAGUGCCGGGGGAGAAGCUGUGCCUGUAGAAAUUUUCCUUCCCUUUCUCCUGUCAAAAAGGGCGCAGGUGGUCCAUCUCUGGGGAGAUCCACUCCAGCCUCAUGGAGCACAGAUCAGGGCUCGGCACUUUGGGUGGGAGAGCAGAGGCUAAUGAUUUGGGCAGGUGGGGCAAAGAUGGAGCUCUGGCUCAGCCAGCUUCCUUCUUUUCUGUGCUCUGGGUGUUUCUCUUGCCUUGCUGAGAGCCCAGAAGACAGAGAUGUUCUGCUAAGAAGUCGGCAGAGCGUAAGACUUUUAAUCUCAGGGUUGCGAGGGUUCAAGCCCCAUGUUGGGCAAAAGAUUCGUGCAUUUCAGGCAGUUGGACUGGGUUACCCUCGUGGUCCCUUCCCACCCACCAUUCGAUGGUUCUAUAACCUGGAGGCGAGUUGCAGCCAGGCAGAACCCUCUGCGCCAUUGAUCCCUGGGCUAGCUGAAGCCUCCAUGCCUUUCUCCUGUUGCAGCCUCACCUCGCUGGAGGAGGAGCUGGCCAGCGCCACAGAGAGCACCCGAGGUCACCAGCAGCGCACCCAGAUUCUAAAGGCUGAAAUCCAGAAGGAAGAGGCAGCUGUGAGCCCUGGAGAACGGUGAGGCUGGGUGUGAGGCCAAGGCCUUGGGCACCGAGGGAAGGGGCUGGCAGGAGCUCUGCUGUGCCCUACCAGCUUCAACUGCUCCACUGUGCAUGGGCGUUUCUCCCUCCCCACUUUUCUCUCCUGCAGGAUCCUGCUCCUGGGAAAGCGCCAGGCCUUGCAUGAAGCCCAGCACCAAAGCCACCUGGCCCAGGGCAUGCAGGACAAGAUUCAAGCACAGCGGGAUUUGCUGUGGCACAGGCUGGACAAGCUGGGAAGCUGUGAGCCUCCGCCUGCUCCAGCCCUGCAGGAGGACAAUCAAUCAGUGUCGUCUGGGGUGCGUGGAGCCACUGUGGGUGCGAUCACUGCGAGCCCAUGGGGCGAGCUCCUUGCAGGGGCGUAGGAAGGGGGGUGCGGGGGCGCGGUCUGCCCUGGGUGUCAUCCUUGAGGGGGGUGACAAAAUGGCAAACCGUUGGAGUUGUCACUUACCGCGGGGCCUGGCCUACAGCACGCCCGAGCCACGCGUCUCUCUGGGAGUGACGCGGUGGCUCGGGGCCCCGCACUGCCCGAAAUGGCAGCUUGUGGCUUGCAUCUGCCAGGUGGACUCGGUUUUGGGUGCCGGAGCAGCUGGCUAUGCUCCUGGCUCCUUGGCCUUUGGGGUUGGCAAACCUGGCAAACGUUUGACUUCUAUCCCACCUUUAUUCCAAGGAGCUAAAGGUGGCAUGUGUUUUCCCCCCUGUUCCCAUUUUAUCUUCACAACAACCCUGUGAGGUAGGUUAGGCUGAGAUUGAGUGACUGGCCACCCACCCAAGGAGAGAGGAGGUCUGAACUCUGGCCUCCCAGGUCCUAGCCUGAUGCUCUAACCACUAUGCCACACUGUCUCUAGCUUGGUUGAGCCAGUGCACAGCAGCCCACCCUGACCUUGACACUCACUCUGUGCCUUCCUUCUUGGACAGGAGGCGGAGCGUGAUGGGGGUUGGAUCCCGGCCUUGGAGGUCCUGAAACAGCACUUCUCGGGCAUCUUCCGACCACGUCUCACAGUGAGUGCCUCCCACACCCUGAUCCGCCCACCCACUUGUGUCCCUUCUCUGCCCUGCUUUCUGAAUCAGCACUGCCAAGGAUGUGCUGGGAGCAACUGGGAGGAGUGGGGUGAGUGGAGGGAACGUGGGUGGAGAUGUUCCUCCAUACGCUCUUCCUUCCUGGCCUUCUCUGCUAGAAAGGGAGCUGGCACUGUGGCUGGCUGUGCCCAUUCCCCCUCUCUCCAUCCGCAGCUGCCGCCCCCAGUGCCCCUCCUGCCUGAGGUGCAGAAGCCCCUGGGCCAGCAAGCCUGGUACCACGGCGCCAUCCCCCGCAUGGAGGUGCAGAGGCUGCUGCAGGCCAGCGGAGACUUCCUGGUGCGCGAGAGCCAAGGCAAGCAGGAGUACGUCCUCUCAGUCUUAUGGGAUGCACAGCCUCGUCAUUUCAUCCUCCAAUCUGCUGAUGUGAGUGUUGUAAAUGGGAUGGUGGUGCUGGGUGAAGUGGGCAGAGGAAACAAAGAAGCAGGCAGGCAGCCAUUCUAGCCCAAAUGUAGCCACUACAGUUGUGGCUCUGGUUACAUGGCGCCCUUGCUAAUACUUCCACCUGGAAUCACAAUCCUUUCUUCAGUCAAUUUUUGCAGAGAACCCAGAUGACAAUGUGACCAUCCCAAAACAUUCCUAUGUUUUUGGGCUUGUACUCUAGUCUUUUUUUACACUCAAUUUGUGGGAUUUUAAAAGAAAACUCUGGGCUUUCUCCAGGCCACUGGCCUUUUAAUUAAUAGCUUCCUCCCUGGCCUUUUCAUUUUUAGUGGUUUCUACUUCUAAUCUUGUGCCCCUUUAAUUAAUUCCUUCUUGUUCACUUGCCCAACCAAGACAUUCCUAUAAUUAGUUUCUGCCAGCUGUUCCCUGUAGAAUGAGACUGUAACUGCUGGUUUAUUCUCUGCUGCUAGAGCAAUUGCUUAUCAACUUUUCUCUUAAAAAACAACAACACAUUGCAACUGAACAAUGAAUGUGAAUGAACAGGAAGAAAUUAAGUCUCCUCUUGCCUGUGGUAGCUUUUAGCACAGUGGAGAUUUAUCAAUUUAUUUUUAUUUCAUAAAAUGUAUACAUCGUUUGAUUGUAUACACCCAUCAAAGUGGUUUACAAGCACAAUAAAACAAAGUUAUCGGUAAAAAUAAUUAAUAUUAAAAAGGUAAAAUCAGCCAUAAACUUAAAACAGAUCAAAACAUACAUCAACAUUCAGCAUUCUACAUAUCUUGAUAGGCUUGUCUAAACAAAAAUGCUUUUAGUAGAUGCUAAAGUACUAUCUGAUGUCAGUAGGCAGGGAGUUUCAGAGUUUAAGUGCUGCCAUAUUAAAAGAUUGCAUUGGAGAUGCGAAGCAGUGGUGUUUGCCUUAGGACUGUGCCAGAACUAAGACGGCUGCUCUUUGUGGGAUUUCCCCUUAGAACAUGUAUCGCUUGGAGGGCGAAGCUUUUCCCACCAUUCCGCUGCUGAUUGACCAUUUCCUGAAGACCAAACAGCCCAUCACCAAAAAGAGUGGUGUUGUCUUGGGAAAGCCCAUCAUCAAGGUACUGCUCUCUGCCUCACCCUCUGCUGCCACUAGAUUGGGCCAGGCUAAGGAAGGGAGGGUUGGGCUUGCAGAGUUCCCUGACCUGUGACUAAGUGGCUGCUCUUGCUGCAGGACAAGUGGGUGUUAGACCAUGAGGACGUGCUGCUUGGGGAGCGCAUCGGGCAGGUGAGUGACUCCCUGGCAAUGGUGGUGGCGGUGGAAGGCAUGCUCUUGUUAGGCACCACCUUCAGGAGUUCCACUGUUGGACUCUUGACAAAAGCUGUGCACUGUGGAGCAGCUGACUGCCUCUCCCCCUCAGCCUUCCUUUUGUUAAAUGGGAAUAAUCCAGGCAAGAGAGGCAGAGCAGCAGCCUGCCUUCUGGAGGCCUGGCCAGGGGCAAGCCUCCCUGCUGUCCUGUUUGCUGAAGGGAAGCAGUCCAAACCGACUCACCCUUAGAGCCAUACCUUGGCUGGCUCACCACCACCACAGGGACACUUUCUUCUGUGGUCCCUGGAGACACCCAGCUGUGUAGGUUUGCUGUGCAAACUGGAUUCAGAAGCACUGGACCCUGCUGACUGCACACCCAGGAAGCAGCAGGGGAGACUAGAUUUUGCAAUCUGUUUCUGUGGGCAAAAGGGCAGGGAGAGGAAAGUAGUGCCAUCUGUCUUUCUCCAGGGCAACUUUGGAGAGGUGUUCAGUGGGCGCCUCCGCUGUGACAACACCCCGGUGGCUGUGAAGUCCUGCCGUGAAACUCUCCCGCCAGAGCUCAAGGCCCGAUUCCUGCAAGAGGCCAGGUGUGUAGGGAGCAAACUCAUGGGCAACUGGGACUACAUUGCUAGGCUGUUCCUGAGUCUGAGCUGGACACUCUAGGGCAUGUUGUGGGGGCAGGAUCUUCCCUCCCAACUCUUUGGAACAAAUGUAGGAAGUUGCCUCUAGCUGAGUCCACCUGGCUCAGUGCUGGCAGCAGCUCUCCAGAUUCAGGUAAGGAUCUUUUCCCCCAGGCCCUGCCCGGAAGUGCUGAGGAUUGAACCAGGGUCCAUCUGCAUGCAGGGCAGGUGUCCUAAUCCAAGCUGAGUGGUGCUGGUGGGAGAUUCCAUGGUCCUCACUACCAUGGUUUCUUUGAACAGAGCCUUUUAAAGGCAGACAUCCCACCUUCCUUGGGAAAAGUGGCAGAGAUUUCAGUCUUCCAGAGAUGGUGGGGACUGAUCAUUUUGCCCUGACCCCCCUUUUUCUGCUGAAUCUCAUGACCUGCCUGGCUGGGGGAGCUUCAAGACCAAUGCAUCCUCCCAGUGCUGCUGCCUUGCCACAGAGUUGCAGCAUUGCCCACCCUGCCCCUGCCGUUAGCAUCUUUGUACUGGGGGUAGGGUAGCGAGGACAGGUGAGGUGCUGAGGACGCCCCUUGGAAUCCCUUACCUGGCUGGCACUUGGCAUGCCCUCCCUUCAUUGUGUCUCCUCUCACUCCCCUUGCAGGAUCCUCAAGCAAUACAACCACCCAAAUAUUGUCCGGCUCAUUGGUGUCUGCACCCAGAAGCACCCCAUUUACAUUGUCAUGGAGCUAGUUCAGGGUAAGCCCAGCAUUUCAUGGCUUUCCAUAGCCUUCAGGCUUUCCGUUUUAAACUCCCCCAGCAGUAUAUAGGGUGUGUCUGUUUCCUGGGUGGAAGAUUUCUGCACUGCAGCUGGGGGAGGGAGAAACAUCUGCCCAUUACAUUUGCCAUUACGAGAUAUAUGCAAGCUUCCUGGUUUUGCAGAGGCCUCGAGAGCAGGCACUCUGUGCUGCCUUGAAGUCUAGAGGAAUUUAUUCACAAAGCUCCAGGUGCCCUACUUCUCUCCCUGCUGACUUCAGCAGAGCUUGGCAGCUGGAUAAGUCCAGGGGCCCAAUUAGUUUGGCAUCCUGUUCUCACUAUGGCAACCCAGAUGCUGAUAGGAAGCCCACAAGCAGGACUUGAGGGUCAUAGCCCUCUUCCCAUCCUGCAGUUUCUGGCAAUUGGUAUUCAGAAACAUUUCCUGCCCCUGAUGGUUUGUCCAGGAGGGAAUCUCAACCAGGAGCUCUCAGGCUGAGCUCCAGAGCCUCUGCUCCCUAUCCUGCCAUGGCUCCCAGCUUCCCUGGUGUGACACUGGCCAGCUGGCUCCCAGCCCAGCAUCCGUCUCUUAUCUCACAGGGGGUGACUUCUUGUCUUUCCUGCGGAAUGACGGAGCUCAGCUCAGAGUCAAGGACCUGCUCAAGAUGAUGGAGAAUGCAGCAGCAGGCAUGGAGUACCUCGCCAGCAAGCACUGCAUCCACCGGUGGGUACCCCUGCCCCUGUCUGUGCAAAAAGGGUUUCCUUCCUUCCUUCCUCCCUCCCUUACUUCUUUCCUUCCUUCCUUCUCUGCUUUGGCAGAGACUGUGCUGUGGGAUUGGUGGCACUUCCAAACCUGAAGGGUGGAGCAGGCAGGUGGAGAGGCUUUUUCCCUGGGGAAGGAGGCAGACUUCCCACCUGUGGGCUUUUCCUGUCUUUGAUCAAGGAGGGAAUGAGCUGCCUGCAAAUCUGCUACAAUGUGCACAGGCUAGUUUACAUGUAAAAAACCUAUCAGGUGAUGUUUGGAGCUGGAGCCGGAAGUCUCUUGCCUAGGUAGCGGGAAAGAGCUGGGAGUUAAGUUCCAGGCAUUGGUGUCUGGGAAACUGCCUCCCUCCCUGAAGUCUUUGGCACCAGUCAGACAUUUGGAUCUGCUACCCCUUGCAGGGACCUGGCGGCCCGGAACUGUCUCGUGACAGAGAAGAAUGCCCUGAAGAUCAGUGACUUUGGGAUGUCGCGGGAGCAGGAGGACGGCAUUUACGCCUCCACUGGUGGCAUGAAACAGAUCCCUGUGAAGUGGACAGCCCCAGAGGCACUCAUUCACGGUACCCACAGCUGUGGCUCCAGGCCCACCUGCUUUAGUAGUACCCUCCAGCCUGGCUGGCAGGCAGGGGGCAGGGCCCCUUGUCCUCCAGACUCAUAUACGGAUACCCUAAUGAGCUUUUGGAUCAUACCAGGUCCUAGGUACAGAUGUGUAGCUUGCCAGAGACAGGUAUGGGUUCAUGGGAACCCAGCCUGGGACCAUGAAUCUAGGACAGCGAUGGGCAAACUUGGCCCUCCAGCUGCUUUGGGACUACAAUUCCCAUCAUCCCUGACCACUGGUCCUUCUAGCUAGGGAUUGUCGGAAUCUCCGUUCGACCGAGCUGAUAAAGCUCAUCUUCCAGAAUCGCCCUCCGACGUGAUUAAUGACCUGAGCCUUUCAUGAGGCUCCAGGCACAUUCCCAUUCAGCAGAGAAUCAAAGCAGCACGCUGAGGUGAUGAGAUUUAUGGCUAUAUCGCUAUGCUUUAUUUUCUAGCUGCGCAGACAGAAAAAAAUACAUCCUCUCUCUGUGAGAGCAGAAAGCAACUGAACAACAAAGGAACAGGAAACCAGUAACGUCACAUCCAUCUCCCGUCUCCCAUGAGACUUCCAACAGUAUGGAAUCUCUGGAAUGUAAACAGGGAUGAUGGGAGUUGUAGUCCCAAAACAGCUGGAGGGCCAAGUCUGACCAUCACUGAUCUAGGAGAAGCCACCUCUCAUGCCUGCUCUCUCUUCCUCCUUCCUCAGGCCGGUACUCCUCAGAGAGUGAUGUUUGGAGCUUUGGGAUCUUGCUCUGGGAAGCCUUCAGUCUGGGAGCCCCACCGUACCCCAACAUGACCAACCAGCAGACCCGCGAGGCUGUGGAGAAGGGUGAGAGCCUAGCACAGUAGGCUAGGCAGGAGGUGGGGGGAAGCUGUGUCUCUGGUCUCCUUGGAGGGUCUGGGUUUCUACCAGCACCCUUCUUCUCUUGGCACUCACUGAAGACAUGCUAUGGACUGGCACCAAGCAAGAUGAGUGGUAAGUAUUUUUUAAUAAAACGGAAGGAGGUGUGCAUUGUGCCUCUCCUGCCUCUCAAAAGUCUGCUCUUUGAAGGUGAGCAAGAAUGGGGGAAAGUACCGAUGCACAGAAAUGUUAAUGGAAAAACUUUUGGCCUGCACUUAAUCCACACAUUGGGAGUCCCAGGAAAUUGCAACCAAAACACAUUAUUAGCUCACCUGCCAGCUCCAUCCUCCUGUGACCUGGCUGUGUCUUUUCCAAUCCCAGGAAUGCGUCUGAGCAUCCCAGUCUUGUGCCCUGAGGUGGUGUACCAACUCAUGCAGAAGUGCUGGGAAUACGAGCCACAGAACCGGCCGAGCUUCAGCACCAUCCACCAAGAGCUGGUUGUCAUUCUGAAGAAGCAGCGGUGAGAGAACUAGCUCCAGAACCCACUGGGUGGCAGCAGGGGUGGCAACCAUCUCCUGCACCAAGGCUGCACCCACUUGACCUCCUGCCGAGCCUGCAACCUUCACGCAAAACCUUUGCUCUUGGCACCCCUUUCUGGCCAUGAAUACCUUGCCUGCCCCCCUCCAGCGAGUCUUCCAUCCAAAGUCAGCCAAAUGGUCUCAGCUGCGCUGUGGCCAGUAGUUUACCCCAGUGGUUCAACCCAGUGGUUCACAAAGUGUGUGGUGCGCCACACUGGUGUGGCAGGAGAGGAUGGCAAGUCUGGCAGGAAGAUGCAAGGACAGUCAGAUAAAUUAGUACAUAAUUAAAUUUUUGGGGAUGAUUUUUAUGAUUUUCAGGUUUAUGCAUUUCAAUAAUUUUACAGUAAUUUUAACAUUUCAAAACUUGACUUCCUUCCCCCUCUUUCUGCGGUUCCUUAAAUGUAUUUUUAAUAUCUUCUGCAUAUCCAAAUUAACGUAAUUUGUUCAUUUAUUCAUCUACUUUAAUGUUUUGAUCUGUUUACAAUUUAUCUGUAAAUAUCCAAUAAACCAUUUCUAUUCUUUUAU